UGUUUAAAUUUGCUUUUCCCACGCUUUAUAAAGACUAACAAAUUCUGGAUCAACGAUCUCCGUCACUGACUUGGAAAGAGCACACCAUAAGUUUGUAGUGUCGUCUGCUGCUCCUUAUAGCGGAAGUGAGCCUGUCGUCUGCUACUGUAACCGGUGCAGAAGUAAACAGUUACUGUCAUCAGCAUCUGCAGUGCAUCUCACAUACAAAAUAUGAGUUGUACAAACAUGGCUGCCUCCCUCCCGAAUUCCAUUUACAACGCUAUCACUCAGUACCCAUCUGAACAAUACCUCAACUAUCAUCAGUAUCACCCGAACCCUCAUCCGGAGUAUUACAGAAUGGAGUACCUCAAAGAGAAUGACUUUAUGAACACUGACGUCCACAACACACUUGAUGAAGAUCUUUUCGGUGCUUUUGAAGGAACCGACUACACACCCCUUGCCCAUCUCUCUUGGACGGACGUUGAAGACAUGUCUCAGCUGCCCCAAUCUGAAUUAAUGUCUGAACGAGCUGACUUGGGUUCAGAUGGUGUUGAUGACAGCGGUUCUGAUUAUAGUGAUCCCGGUAGCUGCUACAGCGAGUCCUAUGAUAACGCGACCAGUAUGAUGAGCAUCAAAGACGAAAGCAACUUCUACAGCGAACCCCUCUACAAGCCAGAGGAGCUCUUUCAGUGCCCCCCUCUAAGUCAAGUCUUCGCGUCUGACAUGCCAAGUCAUGACCCUGCGAGGCCACCACAGAAGAAAAAGCCGGGACGAAAAAAGGGCCAGACAUCAAAAGUCCUUCACUUAUGGGAGUUCAUCCGAGACCUUCUCAAGGAUCCCAAAUUCAACGGUAGCAUCAUCCAGUGGGAGAACAGGGAAGAGGGCGUCUUCAGAGUUGUCAAAUCCUCGGAAGUUGCAACUCUUUGGGGUCAGAAAAAGAAGAAUAAGAAGGAGAUGACAUAUGAGAAGAUGAGCAGGUCCAUGAGGUAUUCAAGAAAAGAAGGUUAUUUCAUCGACCUGCCUAAGAAUAGUGGCUACCCUAAAAAACUUUGCUUCCGGUUCGGACCCAAAUCGACUGGUUGGCAGUGACUAUUUCAUGACACGUUCGUGUGAAUUCAUAAACAGUCAAGAACCUCGACGCCAUUCCCGUCAUUCAGUCAUGAGGAACGUUUUUCAUUGGAUGGAUGUGACAUGUGACUAGCUAGUGGGUAAUCCCAUGAUGCUUUGUGUUUGAAAGGCGGGUGUAAGUUCACGACGUUCCUCAGUCAAUCGCGGACAGUAACUUUCAAAUGCUGACAGCAAGGCUUUACAGUACACGUCCAAGGCGGAUGAUUGUUGAGAGCUCAUUCCAUUUUAUUCUUCCAUUUUCCACACUCUGUACAUAACGCACUGUCAGACAUAUUUUCAUAUUUUCAUAGUUUAAUAUUUUCAUUAUAUUGUCAUAACAAUCACCAUAUGAACACCAAAACCAAGGUUCGAUAUCUAUGGAGAGUACAUCUUCUGGCAUGCACAUAGCAAAACUUUGUUGAUAUAAGUAUUUUCAAACUGUCUCAUGUUGUCAUAUACAUUCAUUUCAUUGGAUCCCGUUAUCAUUGUUAUCACGAAAUAUAUAAUUCUGUCAUGCCGUUAAGAUCUGAUAACUGUAAGUAUAUGUCACUUUGUCAGACAAUUUUGAGCUAACGCGUUUCAAGAAGAACGGGAAGUCUUGUGACAACGCGGGCAUUGCGGUUUGAUUGCCGGGAUGUUGUUUAGAACAAGUAAUUGCCUGUUGGUGCUUUGAAUACAAUUGCAUAUCUGAAAGAAACAGUGGUUAGUGCCCUGUUUUGUCCAUAUAGCAAUAAUGUCGAUGGGAACUUGAAUCAAAAGUGCCUUAUGAAACCAUGAAUCAAAACCUUUUUUAUGUGUAUAUACAUUGAAACCUUUUUAAGUUAUAUCGUCUGGUUUAACACGUUUCCGGAAUUACGAAUUACUCUUAUAGAGUGGUGUUCUUUGAGUAUUUGGGAGGUUCGUUUGAAGAGGGAUUCGAAUUAACGGGUGUGGAUUAAAGACGUUUCAGUGUAUUUGGUACGAGUUUCAAUAUAUCACAUAGAUUCAGUAUUGCCUCUUGCAUUCGACACUAUUCGCCAACUUCCGUAAGUUUAUCGGAUUUAAACGAAUGUUUCCGAUAUUGUCAAGGCAGCACUGCACUUAAGAUGCUUAGAUUAGAUCUCCAGGAGAGCUCGAUCUCUGUGAGAUCCCGAUCUCUUUGGGAACCUAGAUAUUAUAUCAUCAAAGUGCCUCAUGUUUCCCGGGUAUGGUGUGGUCGUAGUAGCAUUCCUACCCGUACAACCGGUAUUUAUAGAGUAUCUAUGAAUUUGCUCAACCUUUUCCUAUGCAAACGACACUUGCUCGAAAUGAGACUGUUUUGUACAUUUUUCUUGAAAAUAAAUUUAUUGUUUUAUUACCGUUAA